AUGGAAAGCAACACCAAAUAUCUACCGAUGAAGCUCCUGCGAAAGAAUUGGAAAGCAAACACCACGGCUGCACCGUAUGAAGCUCCUGAUGAAAGUUCUUACGUAAGUGGAAAGCGAACACCAACGUAUGCACCGUAUGAAGCUACUGCGAAAGAAUCGUACGUAAGUGGAAAACAAACACCAACAUCAGCACCGUAUGAAGCUCCUGAGAAAGGUACGUACGAAAGUGGAAAGCAAAAAUCAACAGCGGCACCGUAUGAAGCUCCUGCGAAAGAAUCGUACACAAGUGGAAAGCAAACAUCAACAUCAGCACCGUAUGAAGCUCCUGCGAAAGAAUCGUACGUAAGUGGAAAGCAAACACCGACAUCUGCACCGUAUGAAGCUCCUGCAAAGAUUCGUACUGGAAAGCAAACACCAACAUCUGCACCGUAUGAAGCUCCUGUGGCAGGAUCGUACGAAAGUGGAAAGCAAACACCAACAGCUGCACUGUAUGAAGCUGCCGUGGAAGAUUCGUACGUAAGUGGAAAGCAAAUACCAUCAGCUGCACCGUAUGAAGCUCCUGCGAAAGAAUCGUACGUAAGUGGAAAGCAAACACCGACAUCUGCACCGUAUGAAGCUCCUGCAAAAGAAUCGUACGUAAGUGGAAAGCAAACACCGACGUCUGCUCCAUAUGAAGCUUCUGCGAAAGAUUCGUACGUAAGUGGAAAGCAAAUACCGACGUCUGCACCGUAUGAAGCUCCUGCGGACGAUUCGUACCUAAGUGGAAAGCAAACACCGACGUCUGCACCGUAUGAAGCUCCUGCAAACGAUUCGUACGUAAGUGGAAAGCAAACACCGACGUCCGCACCGUAUGAAGCUCCUGCGAAAGGUUCGUACGUAAGUGGAAAGGAAACACCGACGUCUGCACCGUAUGAAGCUCAUGCGAAAGAUUCAUACGUUAGUGGAAAGCAAACACCAUCGCCUGCACCGUAUGAAGCUCCUGCGAAAGAUUCGUACGCUAGUGGAAAUCAAACACCAACGUCCGCACCGUAUGAAGCUCCUUUGGAAGAUUCGUACGUAAAUGGAAAGCAAACACCAACGUCCGCACCGUAUGGAGCUCCUUUGGAAGAUUCGUACGUAAGUGGAAAGCAAACACCAACGUCUGCACCGUAUGAAGCUCCUUUGGAAGAUUCGUACGUAAGUGGAAAGCAAACACCAGUGUCUGCACCUUAUGAAGCUCCUGUUGAAGAUUCGUACUUAAGUGGAAAUCAAACACCAACGUCUGCACCUGAUGAAGCUCCUGUGGAAGAUUCAUACGUAAGCGGAAAGCAAACACCAACGUCUGCACCGUAUGAAGCUCCUGUUGAAGAUUCCUACGUAAGUGGAAAGCAUAGACUAACAUCUGCACCGUAUGAACCGCUUUUGAAAAAUUCGUACGUAAGUGGAAAGCAGACACCAACAUCUGCACCGUAUGAAUCCCCUGUGAAAGAUUCGUACGUAAGUGGAAAGCAAAUACCGACAUCUGCACGGUAUGAAGCUCCUGUGAAAGAUUCAUACGUAAGUGGAAAGCAAACACCAUCAUCUGGAUCGUAUGAAGGCCCUUUGAAAGAUUCGUACGUAAAUGAAAAACAAACAGCAACGGCUGCACCAUAUGAACCCCCAAACUCUGCACACUAUGAGAAACUUGUAGCAGAUUCAUAUGUGAAUUCAAAGCAAACAUCCACAUCAGCGCCAAUUAAAGUCCCUGCGAAAUAUUUGUACGUAAACAGAAAACAAGAAAAGACGAACGCGCAAUAUGAAGUGCCUUCGAAAGAUUCACACGGAAAUGCUAAGCAAGGUACAACGUCUGUGCCAUAUGAAUCACCAAAGUCUGCGCAUUAUGAAAAGCCUGUAGCAGAUUCAUAUGUAAAUACAAAGCAAAAGUCCACGUCAGAGCUAUAUGAAGUACAUGCAAGUGGUCCGUAUGUAAAUGGAAAACAAACACCCAUAUCUAAACCAUAUAAAGUACCUGCAAAUGAAAUGAACAUCAAUGGAAAACAAACAAAGGAGAGAGCGAAAUAUGAAGUUCCUAAAAAUGAAAUAAACGUAAAUGUAAAACAUAAACCCACGUAUGCUCCACAUGAAGAUGCUGAAGAAGAUUCAUACGUAAAUGGAAACGAAGCACCAACAUCCGGGCCAUAUGAAACUCAAGCAAAAGAUGCAUAUGGAAAUGAAAACCAAACAACACCGACAACAUCAUAUGAACCCCAAAAGUCUGCACAAUAUGACAAAUUGGCGGGAGAUUCAUAUGUUAAUGCAAAGCAAAAGUCCACGAUAGAGCCAUAUGAAGUACCUCCACCAGAUUCGUACGUAAACGAAAAAGAAAUGCCUACAUCUAAACCAUAUCAGGUACCUGCGAAAGUUUCAUACAUUAACGGAAAACAAACAAAGAUGAGAGCGCCAUAUGAAGUACCUGCAACAAUAGAUACAUACGCAAACGUGAAAUAUAAACCCAAGUAUGCGCCGUAUGAAGAUGGCGUUAAAGAUUCAUAUGUAAAUGGAAAGCAAACAUCAACACCGGCACCAUAUGAAGGUCCUGUGAAAGAUUCUUACGUAAAUGUAAAACAAACAGCGACGACUGCACCAUAUGAACCCCCAAAGUCUGCACACUAUGAAAAACCUGUGACAGAUUCAUAUGUGCAUUCAAAACAAACAUCCACAUCAGCGCCAAUUGAAGUACCUGCGAAAGAAUUGUACGUAAAUAGAGAACAAGAAAAGACGAGAGCGCAAUAUGAAGUGCCUUCGAACGAUUCAUACGGAAAUGUAAAGCAAGGUAUAACGUCUGUACCAUAUGAAUCAUCAAAGUCUGCGCAUUAUGAAAAGCCUGUAGGAGAUUCAUAUGUAAAUGGAAAGCAAAAUACCACGUCAGAGUCAUAUGAAGUGCAUGCGACUGGUCCGAACGUAAAUGGAAAACACACACCCAUAUCUAAACCGUAUAAAGUACCUUCAAAUGAUAUAAAAAUCAAUGAAAAACAAACAAAGACGAAAGCGCAAUAUGCAGUACCUGCAAGAAUAGAUACAUACGCAAAUGUAAAACAUAAACCCACGAAUGCGCCGUAUAAAGUACCUGCGAAAGUUUCAUAUAAAAAUGGAAAACCAACCAAGACGAAAUUGCAAUAUGAAGUUCCUUCGAAAGAUUCAUACGUAUAUGCGAAACAAGUAACGACGUCAGCACCAUAUGAAGCUCCUGCGAAGGAUUCAUAUGUUAAUGAGAAACAAAAAAUGACGAAGGCGCCCUAUAAAUCACUAAAGUCUGCACAAUAUGAAAGACCUGUUGCAGAUUCAUACGUACAGUCAAGGCAAACAUCCACAUCAGCGCCAUAUGAAGUACCUGAGAAAGAUUCAGACAUAAAUGGUAAACAAACAAAGACGAGAGCGCAGUAUGAAAUACCUGCUACAGAUAUAUACAGAAAUGUAAAUGAUAAGCCCAUGUAUGCGCCGUAUGAAGAUGCUACAAAAGAUUCAUCCGUAAAUGCAAAACAAACACCCACAUCUAAAUCAUACGUAAAUGGAAAGGAAACAACAGCGACAGCGCCAUACAGUGUCCCUAGCACAAACUCAUACGCAAGUGCGAAAGAAGCAUCAACAUCUGCGCCUUAUUUACGUAUAUUCACCCCUAUAACAUAUACGCACGCGCCUGUGAUACAUCCAUCGACACGUGCGGUAGAUGCAACGCCGUCCUCAACACGCGGAGUCGUUCACGCGACACCACGUAUGCCAGCAAGUUUUUGUGCACAUUAUAACUUUUUUACUUGUAGUAAUGGGCAUUGUAUUCCAAAAUCGUGGGUUUGUGAUGGAGACAAUGACUGCAAAGAUAAUUCUGACGAAAUGACUUGUAGCUAUUAA